CAAUAUUAAUUUAGAAUUAGGGUUCAUAAGAUACACCCUAACCCCAACAAACCGAUAGACAACGAAACCUUAUUGUAGUAGUGUACCAUUUUUACCCUCUGUCAAAGGAAACUUAAAAAUAAAACUUCACAAAACCAAUUUAUAUAUUUUCACAAACUUCCUUGAACUCAGCAGUUUAAGUAUCGAUUUACUUCUAGUUAUAUAUCAAACCACUUCGAACAUUUAACAAUAGAACAUCUAAAUCGUUUAACGAAGUAUUCCCAACAAUAAACAGGGCUCUAACUUCGUUAAUAUCAAAACCAAGUUAUUAAUAAAACAAGUUCGCUCGAAGAUGACCACAGAAACAAAGUAAUGGUGACUGCUCGUUUACUUCGAAACUCAGUUUCAAUUUCACUCGCCCACCUUCAUCAAAGGAACUUCUAUUAAUCUCGAAUUACGAAACUGUCUAAGUCAAAUCAGGGCAAGUUAAGGAUCUGAAUAUUGUCUCGCUUGCACAUUGAGUGCAGUCGCCAAAAUAUAGACAUGAAAACAUCGACAUAAUGUGUGUCAUUUGAAGGCGGAAAACACUUGAACACGAGUUACAUUGAUGGGAAGAUAUAACUAAUAAAUGAGUGAGGCACGCACAUUAAUUAGUUGAUGAGAUAAGACCUUGAAGGGGAGAUAAGGUACCUGAAAGGUAUAAUUUGAAGCGUCGAUCGCGCGGCUCGGGUGCACGGGCUGGCUGGCGGCGCUCGGAUCGGCGCUCCGUUAGUCCGACUCCGGCUGGCGAGGAGCGCGGCCGCGUCGCUGCCCGUCGCGACCGACCCCCCCUCACCUACGAAGUGCGCUAACUUUAAAAUGCCCAACUCCCGCUUAUUGUCACUAGUGAACCGCAAGCUUGAAAGUGACUAAUGAAGUUGAACAAAAUUUACAGUUUCUUAUAAACAAUCAAACGGUUAAAACUUUGGAUUUCGAUUGAAUGGUGGUUGGUUUUGUGAUGUGAUUAAUUAAACUAGCUAUUCUGAUGGUGUUGGGGCAUGGUAGCGCGCGAUGGGCGCUGCAGUGCGCGGCGCUGGUGGCGUGCGCGCUGGCGGGCGCGCUGGCGCCGGAGCGCGUGGAGCCGUGCGCCGGCAGCCCGCUGUGCUCCUGCCGCACCGCGCACAUGUCCUGCAUCGCCGUGCCGCUGCACAGGUUCCCAGAAUGGCCCCGAAUAGAGCUGCAACAUCUAGACAUAAGCAUGUCUAACCUGGAAGUGCUGACUGAGAGCGCACUCGACGGAUUGAGAUUGCAAACAUUAGUUCUCGUCGCCAACAAAUUACAUUACAUCGAGAUGCACGCAUUUAGCUCCAUGGCCGGUACACUAGCGUCUUUAGACCUCGGUUACAACGAAUUCACUGAAAUACCGCAGCAGGGCUUAAAAGAUUUAAAAGUUUUAAACUGGUUGAAUCUGCAGAACAACAAUAUAGUGUACAUUGGACCCGAAGUCAAAUGGCACCAUUUGGAGGAUACGCUGACGAGUUUGUCUCUGAGCAACAAUCAGCUGACGCACCUCAAGUCCCAGGCGCUGACCUCCCUGUACCACCUGCUGCAGCUGGACAUGGAGGGGAACCACCUGCGCACCAUCAGCGCUGACUCCCUGCCCCCCUCCCUCACCCUCCUGAAGUUAUCCAACAACUUCAUACAUGAACUAUCCUGUGAUUUACUUUAUAGUCUACCUAGGUUACAAUCAGUACACGUACGGCAUAAUUUUAUUUCCUUCUCUGACACUUACGUCUGUCCUAGCAAUAAAAGCAAACGAAUUGAAAAGUUAGACUUGAGUAACAACAAAAUCAAUGACACUUCUCAGUUACUCCUUCUUCGUGAUGUACAAAUUAGACAAAUUAUUUUAGACCUAAAUGAAUUAACGUCGAUCCCGAAGUUGGUUUACAAGAACAAUAGAAUUGAGAGAUUGUCCGUGUCAUAUAACAUGCUAAGUUCCAUUAGCCGCGAUCUAUUUUUGUCGCUUAAAAACACGUUGGAGCAUCUGGAAGUGGAGCACAACAAAUUGUUCUACUUGCCGGACAGCCUGGCGCAGGUCGCGCGGCUCCGCCAUUUAUCUUUAGCGUACAACCAGUUGGAGGAAUCGCCGUCGCUCCCGAGCCGCAUCCAGACGCUCUCACUGGCCGGCAACUUUUUAACUUCAAUACCUUCCGCACUUCAAACGCUCGAGCCCGGCUCCAUUCGCUAUCUUGACUUAAGCUACAACAGGAUAUCUAAUUUGUUACCAAACGAAUUCCUCGACUGGUCCACUUCACUCGGGACUAUCAACUUGAGAGGUAACAGGAUUGCUCAGAUUUAUAAGAACGUUUUUCCUGCAACUAUGCCAUUGAAGGAGAUAAAUCUAAGUUUUAACGACUUGUACUACGUGCAUCCACAAUCUUUCUCGAACGUGACUAGUUCGCUCCAUGUACUGGAAUCGUCUUCUACGCUUUUUAGUGGUUAUUUUCCGUUUGAAAUCGAAGAGGGCUUAGAGAAUCUCAGUUGGCUAUCUUUCGAUAACAACGAUUUCCACAUCCUCAAGCUGUCCGACGUGGUUGCAUUUCCAUAUGUGAAGUACUUGAAUCUAGAUUACAAUAGGAUAGUCGACAUAGUCAUAAGCGAGGAUUAUCAUAACGUAUCGUUGCCGCUGAGCAACUUGAGACUCGCCUACAAUUUUUUGCAUUCACUGCACAGCAGAAGUUUUAUAUACAUGCCGGAGUUAAGGAACUUAGAUUUAUCUUAUAACAGAAUCAACAACUUAACUAAGCACACUUUCACAAACUUACCGAACUUGAGAUAUUUAUCUCUUGCGGGUAACAUAAUCGAUUCGAUGGAAGCCGAGACGUUUGCUAAUUUACCAAAACUGCAAAUAUUGGAGCUCCAGGGAAACAACUUUACGUAUUUAUCACUAAAUUCGUUUCAUAACGUAUCUAAUAUAGAUGUAACGUUCACGUUGAACGUUAGCAGGAACCGUAUCAAGUUUGUGGAUGGUGAAACCGCAAUAUCGGUUAACAUAUUUGAUGGUUCGUAUAAUGACCUCUAUGAAGUGCCAAACAAUUUUUUCGCUGCGGUCGAGUCGUCCAUUCGACAGAUUAUUUUAUCGCAUAACAAAAUUAUUUAUGUGUCGAGCGAAGCUUUUGGGAAUUCGAAAUAUCUAGAAAUUUUAGACUUACAUAAAAACAACAUCAAUAACAUAAAGAGAAAAUCAUUUACUGAUCUUGUAUCGCUACAGAUCUUAGAUUUGUCGUUCAAUGUCAUUUCGCAGUUAUCUGUGGAACAAUUCUACAAUUUGAAUAAACUUAGGUAUUUAAAACUGGACCACAAUAAUUUAAGGUUGUUGCCAAGGGACGUGUUCAAGAACACGAUCGUGGAGCACCUGGACUUGAGCUACAACGACAUGUCGCUGUUCCCGGGCACGGCGCUCUCGCAGAUCGGGUUCACGCUGCGCUACCUCGACAUGUCGCACAACCGCAUCGAGUACUUAGAUAGCAACAUCUUCCGCGGCACGCAGUUCCUCCUCUGCCUCAACUUGGGCCACAAUCUGUUAACAGUACUAUCAGAUAACACGUUUUCGAGUCUCGGCGGGUUGCGCCAACUGGACCUCAGCUUUAACUCUAUAAAGGCAAACUUCAAGGAGCUGUUUCAUAACCUCCCCAACUUGAGGCAUUUGAAUCUUGCAAAUGUAAGCUUAAAGUCAGUGCCUUAUCUACCUUUGACAAACUUGACAAAUCUCAAUUUGACUUCAAAUUACAUAAACAGUUUUAAGGAGACUGAUGUGAAGCGGCUCGUGAGUCUUCGCCAUUUAGAUCUUAGUCAUAAUCGUCUUACCUCUUUAGUGCCAAAGAUGUGGUUUCACUUAAAUAAUUUAAACAUCCUCGACCUAUCGUCCAAUCCCAUUGUGCGAAUCACGCCGAAUAGUUUCAAAUGGUUAAGUAAUUUAUCUCAUUUGAAUUUAAAUGGACUCAAAUACUUAGAUAUAAUUGACCAGGAUUCCUUCCGUCCCUUGAUAUCGCUUCGGUCCCUUCAUAUACAAUCGUGGUCGACCAUAAAUCACUCUACGUUUAGCAUUUCCAACAUCACCUCUUCCCUGCCCGCGCUCUACAAACUAGUUAUACAUUGGACUGAGGAGACUAUGGAGAAUCAAUUACACGGGAUCGACACGAGGAACAUUCGCUACUUAGAAAUUACAGGAUCAAAUCUUAAAAGAAUAUCUGACGACGCCUUCCUGCCAUUCGCCGACAGUCAAGAGAUAUUUAUAAGGAUCACAAUGACUUCCCUAACUAAAUUGCCGACAGCAUUUAUGAGGCAUUUGGGACAAGUUCCCCAACUCGGCAUCGACUUGAGUUAUAACCAACUGACGACUCUAAAUCCUGCGAUAUUCUACCCGAACUUCACGAGUUGGAGCCACGUCGCCACCAAGCUGCUGUCAGGUGGGUUGAUCCUGACGGGGAACCCUCUGCGGUGUGAGUGCGAGCUAGCGUGGCUCGGCGCGUGGCUGCGGCGCUGGCUGCAGGAGAACGAGGCGGGCGCCGAGCUACGCCGCGCCGUGCGUAGCGGCACGUGCAAGGACCCGCUCGGCAGGCGCAUCCCGCUACAGCAGCUACGCGCCGACGAGGCGGAGUGCUACGCCAGCGCGCUGUCCAGCGACGCGCAGCCCAACUACACCGACCUCGUGUACGCGCUCGCCCUCGCGCUCUGGACCAUCCUGCUGAGAUGAUGUCUGUCUCCAUAGACCUUAAUGUAAUACAAUUAGCUAAAUGUAAAUAUGUUUAAUCACGAGAGUCUAACGUUUGCAAACAGACUGUAGUUGAAUUUUAUACACGGUACGGUUUAUGAUUUUUGUAGUUACGUAAACGUGUAUGAACGAGACGAAAGUAAUUUUUAUGUCUACUUAAGAAAAUUUCGAUGUGUAAGGUAGGUUUGUAUCAUAAGGUCGAUUAGUUUUUAUAGAUAUUAAUAAUGUAAUCGGUAUUGUAAUAACAAUAGAUUGCUCACGAAAUGCGACCAUUUAUAAACAGAAUAUUGUAAGCAAUUCUGUCUGUUUAUUUUGUUUUUAUUAUUGUAUUCAAAUUAUAUACGUAACCUAAAUACGUUUAACGUAUCCUACCCUAGUGCGGCCACAAAUUGUUAUUCAUUUGUAAAUUUUCUUGAUACUGAUGUAAAUAUGUACAAAAGUAAAUAUUUUUACAUAAUGCUAUUAUUUUAUUCAGUUUCCCUAAAGAGCGUGAGUAUUUCCCAAGGAGACGGCGUUCGGUGGAAUCCAGCGAAAUGUUUCAUCACGUUUCAUAAUUCCGCAAGGUUUCGUUUAUCAAAAGCGUAGCUUUGUGAUUUCAGCUGUGGGCACCUAACCUACUUAAAUUAUAAUUCGCAUUGUGAUUUCACCACCAGACAUUUCCGAAAUAUUUUACUAAUCCCCGCACGAAACUCA